AAAGUCGGCUAAAAUUAAGAAGAAUGCUUGUGAGUAUCCGAUUUCGCAAUUGCUGUGUUGACCAUCUCGUUAGUUCUGUUCCCUUAACUCAAAGCAAUCACCAACUAUUUCUCGAAAAGCCAGGAUAAAGAUGGCCUGGUUGCGGAUUUUCAGAAGAAAGCAGAAGUCGCCUAAAGUUGGGAAGGCUCCUGCAAUUCAAGUUAGUAUCGAAAGGGCAUGCCCAGCUAAGAAAGGAAGCAGACUGGUAUCUGAAGUUCCACAGUUAGUAGACGCCAUUUCAUCAUGCGUAAACUUUUAAUUCUCAUAACACCAAAGAUUUGCAGAAGCAACCAUGGGCGACAUCCAUGUCGAAACAGAUGAAAAGUCAGGUCACUUCAAGCUCCGUAAGCCAAUUCUCUUCACGAAGGUGCCAUACUCUGAAAAGAUGUUCAAUGGAAGGUUUAUGGAAGGCACGAUGAAUUCUGCAACCCUGCCCGAAGAUGAUCUAGAACUGUUCAAUAUACUCGUUUCCGUGAAUUAAACUCUCUCAGGUUUGCAUCGAGCCAGACCCAUUCCCUUCUCAAUCUGAUUCAACAUACUGACAACUUCCGCAUGCAGUGGAUCUACUCAGGCCAGAUACCUGCCUUGCAUAGCAAUCUCGAAACUGACUUGGAUUGGCCAAUUUUAGAUCUUUACGUCCUGGCUGACAAGUUCUGUAUUCCGAACCUAAUGGAUCAAACAUUGGAUGCAUGCCUUCUCUGCAUGAAUAAGUGUAGUUGUAUACCUGAAGUAGACCACUUGCAACGCAUGCAUGAUUGCUCUACCACAAAUCCAGUGGCAUGUCCCGAUUCAUAGCUGCUUUAGAAUGUUACAUCAUGUGCACAUAUCGAGAUUCGCAUGGCGAAGAGGACUGGCCAACGGAGGAACUACACACGCUCCUUGGUAACAAUGAAGACCUUAGCCUCCAGGUUUGCAAGACACUCAGAGUACAUCCCUAGUGAGAAAUUGUUCAUUGAUCCUAGUAUGCGUUCAUACCGCGACUUUCACGAGCACGCAAUAACGGAUCCUUGUCCUCAAUCAAUGAAAUACGGAGUUGGAGAGUUCAAGAGAGCUAUAAGAUAAGAUGAACCUGAUUUUGUGUGGAGAGGAGAGAUUGGAUAGACUCUCGACCAGUGUGACACUGGGAUCUCAUUUCCACUGGUAAUGGAUCGGAGAGAAGCCAAGCGUUAACUUAGGAUGCUAUGGAUAAUUCGAGAUCCUAUGAAUGAUAUUGCAGGAUUCCUCUUUGGCCAUUCUUUUGAUAGGCGAUUGUCGUGAAUAUGUGGCAAGGAGAAACUGUACAUGUUGGCCGGAGUUGAAGUAGUGGAAAAAGCAAGAUCUUACUUCUCUACGCUCUCCGAGAUGUUGGGUGGGUUGAAAGUAAAUGCAGAUGCAGUGCAGAUGGAAGCUCAGACCCAGGCAAGCCGGGGAUGAUCUACACGUGAUCGUGGAUCAAUCUCUCCGCGCCCAUUUGCUAGACAUUCAUCCCAUCACCAUGUCAGACCUCAGAGCUUACAGCCCUCCUGCAUUUUCAGAUACACUCACUUACUGCAUUCUCCAAUGGAAAAGAAUAUCUACCCAUCUUUAAAGAAUACCUUCAUUCACACCCUUCCCGAGAACAGCUAGCAUACUAAAUACAAAUAACCAUACGGAGCACAAAGUUAAUUCCGACAUCCGCCGUACCCUCCGAUGACGUAACCAGCAGCUGAGCUGCCUUGUGAAUCCGGACCAGAACUUCGGCACCAGCAUCAAUCAACAAGCAGAGUAGAGUAGAAAGCUUAUCAAGGAACGUCGGCA